CUCCAAGCAGCAAAUAGGUCUGUUUAUCUUCCUCGCCUCAAACGACAAUGAGCCGACUCACAGCUCUGGUCCUGAUCUUAGCCAUUACCUUCAACAUCGCCACCUUUGCGCUUGGAGCGGCCACGUUAGCAGAGUACCUCAACCAACGCAGCUACCUUCUGGGUCUCGUCCCCAAAGCCGAAAUCCACGACAAUGCCUACAUCGGGGCAGCUAGUUACAGCAUAUGCUCGAGCUUUCUGUCAUCCUUGAUCCUUCUCAUUAUACUCAUCAUGCAAGUGCUCCGGUGCACCAUUGCCUACCGAGUCCUGAUCGUGUGCUCGGUCGUUCCAAGUCUCAUCGGCUUCGCUAAUGCGAUCGCCUUGACCAUUAUCACGGCGACGAAGGUGGUGUCGUUCGGGGAUAGUGUCGGGCCGCGUGUGACUAUAUACUUGGAUGAGGCUGCCCAUAGCGACGGGGUCCCCCUUGAAUAUCGAAAGGAUGCCGCGUCCAUCGCGGCCGUGGCGUUUGCUUGGCUUGGGUGGGCCUGUUCUGUGGUUGCUGUUAAUCUACCUCAGCCGAAAGCUUCAGACACCGUGCGGGAUCCUAGUCUGUUUCCAUCUAGUCAGGGGCGUAGAUACGAGGCGAUCUUCGAGGCCAAGGGCUCCUGCAAGCUCGUCACUGUGGUGGCCACGGAGGUGUACCGGAAAAUGGCCGAGAGGCAGGCCAAGAUCAACAAGAACUACCAGAGCCUGCAGCUCAAUGGUCGCCAGGCGCUGGCCAUGGACCUGGACAAGAUUGAUUGA